AGAGAGAGAGCUGUAAAUAUGGAGGAGGUGAGACAAGAGUGACAAGGAAAAUUAAGACUUUUCAGCUGCCAUUAAGACCGGCGACAGUGUGGUUAAAGAGGAGCGGAGGAGAGAGGCGCUGUCAGAGGAAGACCACCGACAGACGGGGAGGAUCUGCUCUGCUGUGAAGACAGCUGUCUCCUCUUCAUCUCUCCUCAAACAGAUGGCUGACACAGAAGACCUCCUUUAACACACACACACACACACACACACACACACACACUUGAACAGUGUGUGACAGUGGCGAGGAUUGAGAAUAGUGGUCUGGAUGAGUUCACCACAUACAGUAGUGGAGGUGAAGACGAGCCUCCCCUCAGGCAUGCAGAGUCCAGUGGGAGUCGGAGGAGAACAGGGUGGAGGUGGAGGUGGAGGCAGAGGAAGCCCAGUGGAUCUGCGUACGGAGCCCAGGCUGGGGGGGGUGUCGGGGGGCUCGGUGGUGGUGGACCCUGCCCUCAGAGAGAAACAGCUCCAGCAGGAACUUCUGCUGCUGAAACAACAACAAGAACUCCAGAAACAACUUCUGUUCGCCGAGUUCCAGAAACAACACGAAGUCCUGAGCAGGCAGCAUGAAGUCCAGCUGCAACAACACCUGAAGCAGCAGCAGGAGUUAUUGGCAGCAAAGCGACAGCAGGAGUUGGAGCAGAAGAGGAAACUGGAACAACAGAGACAUGAAGAGCAGGAGAAACAGCGACUAGAACAACAACUGCUGCUGCUGAGGAACAAGGACAAAAACAAAGAGAGUGCCAUUGCUAGUACAGAGGUCAAGUUGAAGCUGCAGGAGUUCCUGCUCAGUAAAAAGGAGCCGUGCUCUGCUGGACUGAACCAUUCCUUCACCACUAAGAACUGGGGACUCCACCACACCUCCUUGGAGCAGAAUUCCCCCCCACAAAGUAACACCCCGGGGACCCCCCCCUCCUAUAAACUGCCCCCGCUGCUGAGUUACGAGGGCAAAGACGACUUCCCACUCCGCAAGACAGCUUCGGAGCCCAACUUGAAGGUGCGUUCGAGAUUGAAACAGAAGGUGGCAGAAAGGCGGAGCAGUCCUCUCCUCCGCAGGAAAGAUGGAACUAUCAUCAGCACUUUCAAGAAGAGAGCCAUCGAGAUAUCAGUCUCCUCUCUGUGUAGCAGUGCUCCAGGUUCAGGGCCCAGCAGUCCAAACAGCUCCAACACGGCCAUAGCCAAUGGCAACACCGGAUCAGUACCCAACAUCCACAAUGAGUUACGGUCUCUCCACCAGACCCUGGGGGCUGAUGGGAUAUCCAGCCCUCUUAGUCUCUACACCUCCCCGUCCCUGCCCAACAUCUCACUGGGUCUCCCUGCCAACACGCACAGCACGGCCCCCCAGAAGCUGUCACAACAGCAGGAGGCGGAGCGUCAAGCCAUCCAGUCACUGCGAGGGGGUGGGGCCCUAACAGGGAAGUUCCUCUCCACCUCCUCUCUGUCUGCAGGGGCGGGGCAUGAUGGAGACAGCACUCAGACUCCGCCCCCUGGCUCUCACCCUUCCCACUCCUCCCUCCUGCAACACGUCCUCCUGCUGGAACAAGCCAGACAACAGAAUGCACUACUGGCUGUUCCAAUGUAUAGCCAGUCGCCUUUGGUUACGGGGGACAGAAGUGUGUCGGGGGGGAGUCUGCGCUCGGUGAACAAGCUGCCUCGCCACAGACCACUGGCGCGUACCCAGAGUGCACCUCUGCCCCAGUCAGCCCAGGCCCUGCAGCAGCUGGUCAUCCACCAGCAACACCACCACUUCCUGGACAAACAGAAACACUAUUCCUUCAACAAGAUUUUAUCCAAGGGGGUGGAGCUUCCCAGGCAGCCACCAACACAUCCGGAGGAAACAGAGGAGGAGCUUACAGAGACCAAUGACAUGCAGGAGGAGGAAGGAGGGGCGGGGCUUCACAGACUUCAGAAGGAGGGCUCAGGCGACACCCCACCCCCCUCCGAGCGGCUCGGUGUGCACGUGAAGACAGAGGGGGAGUGUGCUGGCGUGUACGUGAAGGGGGAGAGCACAGAGAGUGAACUGGAGGAGGAGGAAGAGGAGGAGGAGGAAGAGGAGGAGGAAGAGGGGGAGAUUGUCGAGCUGAAAGAGUGUGAUGAAGAAGAAACGGCUGCUUAUGGACAACCCCUGCAGCAGCUGAAUGUGUUCCAAGCCUCGGUGUCCAUGGGGGGUCUGCCCCACAGACCUCUGGGAAGAGCCCAGUCCUCACCUGCAGGCGCUGCCUCUUCCCUGGGUGGGGGUCCACUCGGAGAACUGCCCCCCAUAAAGCAUCUGUUCACUACAGGUGUGGUGUAUGACAGUCUGAUGCUGAAACAUCAGUGUAUGUGUGGGAACACAUACAUCCACCCAGAGCAUGCUGGGAGAGUCCAGAGCAUUUGGUCCAGACUGCAGGAGACAGGCCUACUUGGACGCUGUGAGAGGAUUCGUGGACGUAAGGCGACGCUGGAUGAGAUCCAAAUGGUCCACUCAGAGUUCCACACACUGCUGUAUGGAACCAGUCCUCUAAACAGACACAAACUGGACCACAAGAAACUACUGGGUCCAAUCAGCCAGAAGAUGUAUGCUGUUCUGCCUUGUGGAGGAAUAGGGGUGGACAGUGACACUGUAUGGAAUGAGAUCCAUUCAUCUGGUGCAGUGAGGAUGGCUGUUGGCUCUGUCAUAGAGCUAGCUUUUAAAGUGGCCUCAGGAGAACUGAAGAAUGGCUUUGCAGUCGUUCGUCCUCCAGGCCACCAUGCUGAGGAGUCUACAGCCAUGGGGUUUUGUUUUUUCAACUCAGUAGCGAUCGCUGCCAAACUGCUUCAGCAGAAACUGGGCAUGGCCAAGAUCCUCAUUGUAGACUGGGAUAUUCACCAUGGUAACGGCACUCAGCAGGCCUUCUACAGCGACCCCACAGUCCUCUACAUCUCCCUCCAUCGCUACGAUGAUGGAAACUUCUUCCCUGGCAGCGGGGCACCUGAGGAGGUAGGAGCAGGCCCAGGUGUUGGUUUUAAUGUGAACAUUGCUUGGACUGGUGGAGUGGAGCCCCCUAUGGGUGAUGUAGAGUACCUCACAGCUUUCAGGACUUUAGUCAUGCCCAUAGCCCAGGAGUUCAGCCCAGAUGUGGUCCUAGUUUCUGCAGGCUUUGAUGCCGUGGAAGGACACCAGUCUCCUCUGGGAGGUUACAAUGUCUCAGCCAAAUGUUUCGGUCAGCUGACCGAGCAGCUGAUGGGCCUGGCGGGAGGGCGGGUGGUUCUCGCCCUGGAGGGAGGCCAUGACCUGACGGCCAUCUGUGAUGCCUCUGAGGCCUGUGUGUCUGCCCUGCUAGGAGACCAGCAGUCUGACUCAGUCUGUCCGUCAGUCAAAGAGCCUUGUCCCAAAGCCACAGCCUCCCUGGAGCGAGUACAAGACAUCCAGAGUAAACAUUGGACUUGCCUCCAGAGGGCGACUUAUUCAGCUGGACACUCCCUAUUGGACGGCCAGCAAGUGGGUCCUGGCCAAUCAGAUGCGGCGGCUGCCCGGAGAGAGAAGGACGAGGCGGAGACGGUCAGCGCCAUGGCCUCUCUGACGGUCGAUGUCCAACAGUCAGGCUCCACCCCCAUCACCACAGAGAUCAGCAGGUGCACAGAGGAGCCAAUGGAAGAAGAGCCCACCUUAUAGGAGGAGCUUAAACAGGAAGCCCCAGACAAACACCUUAUGGGAGGAGCUUAAACAGGAAGCACCUGACCAACUCGACCCACAAGUGCAGCCCACCCCUCCUCCACUGCUCUGCUGCUCGUCAGCGGGUGUUGUAAUGUCCUACGCACACGUCCUGGCCUGCUGUGGAGGAUUUUGAUUGGCUGAAGAGGAUCUUCAGAAGCAGGAAGAGGCGGGGUCUUUGUUGUGGCAUCUGUGAUGAAGUUCUACAUUUUAUUUUUUCUAAAAAAAAACAAAACAAAACAGACGGACAGAUGUGGUUUUCUUUCCGGUGGUCAGACGGAGGAGGAGCGUUGUGUGUAUCGUUGUUUUUGUUGAUGUUAUUCAGGACAGUUUGGGCUACACUGUACAGCACCGUUAUUCUCUCUCUCUCUGUCUCUCUCUCUGUCUCUCUCUCUGUCUCUCUCUCUGUCUCUCUCUCUCCUACGUCAUCCUUGUGGCUCUCUGUCUCCGUCUCCAUCCAUCACACACACGUGGUUAUGACCAUUCUCCAGAGAGCACAGCUGAUCCUUCCUCACUACCUCUCUCUCUCUCUCUCUCUCUCUCUCUCUCUCUCUCUCUCUCUCUCUCUCUCUCU